UCGAUUUCAUAAUAGCUUGAAAUGAGAUGUCGGCAUGUUCCACCUGAAUAACGAUGCUUAACAUUUGGUGAUCGAUAAAAUACUUCGUUAAAUAUGGAUGAGUCCAUCAGACACCACAAUCCUAACCCGAUUUUACGGGCGAAUCCGCUUUCCAAGUUGCUUUUCUGGUGGAUGAACCCAUUAUUCAAGAAGGGAUAUGAAAGACAGCUGGAAGUUGAGGACAUGUACAAUGUGGUCAACGAGGACCAGUCUGAAACCCUUGGCAACAGACUAGAGGAAGAAUGGGCGAAGGAAGUGGAGAGAACAAAGGGUGGGAAACGUCAGCCCAGCCUCUUCCGAGCCCUGUUUCGCAUGUUUGGGUUCGAGUACCUGCUGUUGGGGCUCAUCUUACUGCUUGAGGAAGCCACAAAGGUCAUUCAGCCCCUACUGCUGGGUGGCUUGAUCCGCUACUUCACGCCGGGGUCAGGCGUCGGGAAAACUGAGAGCUACUUGUUUGCAGGAGGAGUGAGUCUAUGUGCGCUCGUACUGGCGGUUACACACCACCCUUACUUCUUUGGUGUCCAGAGGAUCGGCAUGAAGAUGAGGAUUGCAUGCUGCUCCUUGCUGUACAGAAAGUCUUUAAGGCUAAGCAAUGAGGGCCUGAGUAAGACGACAACUGGGCAAAUCGUGAACCUCCUUUCCAAUGAUGUGAACAGGUUUGACCAGGCUGUGAUUUUUCUGCACUUCCUGUGGGUUGGUCCCCUGGAGGCUGUAGCAGUGUUAGCAAUAUUGUGGCAUGAGUUGGGUCCAUCCACACUUGCAGGAUUUGCAGUUCUCUUACUUCUGGUUCCCGUGCAAGGCUGGAUGGGGAAACUCUUUUCGAAAUUCCGAACGAAGACAGCAAAGUACACUGACGAGCGAGUUCGACUUAUGAACGAAAUCAUCGCAGGAAUGCGCGUCAUAAAAAUGUACUGCUGGGAAAAACCUUUUGGUGACCUUGUAAAGAAAGUUCGAAAAAAACAACAGAAGUGGCUUUGGCGUAAAGCUAUGGUUGAUGUUUACAUCGAGAUUAUAUUCUAUUAUUUUUCGAAGUUCUGGAUCUACCUCUUGUGCCUCGUUGCCGCCUUUGUUGCUAAGCGACCGCUGACACCAGAUUUCGUAUUUGCCGCCAUCCCUCUAGUGGGCAUAGUGGUGCAUAGCUUUCUGUGGAGAACCAUCAUGUUUAAUUACAAAAGUUACUGUGAAAUGAAAGUUACAACGCAAAGAAUUGUGACAUUUUUACAACUAAGUGAACUGCCCUCAACAGAACUUGGCAGACAUGAGAAGGACUAUUCACCUGCCAAGAACUGCCGAAUUGUCAUCGAAAACGUGCAUGCGAAAUGGGACAAGGAAGUGGACCAGCCCACACUCCAGAAUGUCUCUGCCACAGUGGAGUCAGGGAGACUGGUUGCCAUCAUUGGACCCGUGGGAGCUGGGAAGUCCUCGUUGCUGAUGGCGGUGCUAAAUGAACUCCCGCUGUUAGAGGGCAGUAUCUCGGUGACGGGUCGCCUUGCAUACGUAUCCCAGCAACCCUGGGUGUUCUCUGCCUCGCUGAGACAGAACAUCGUGUUUGGAAACAAGUACGAGAAGACCAAAUACGACAGGAUCCUGAAAGCCUGUGCACUGAAUAAGGACAUAGCCAUUAUGCCACACGGUGAUUUGACCCUCAUUGGAGACCGUGGGGUCAGUCUGAGUGGCGGUCAGCGGGCGAGGGUCAGUUUGGCCCGAGCUCUGUACAUGGACGCAGACGUUUACCUGCUGGAUGACCCACUCAGCGCAGUGGACACAGCUGUGGGGAGACAUAUCUUUGAAAACGUAGUGCAGGGAUACCUGAAAAACAAGCCACGAGUCCUGGUCACUCAUCAGCUGCAGUUCCUCAAGGAGGCAGAGCAGAUCCUCAUUCUUAAAGAGGGAGAGAUGAUUGGCAAAGGGACGUUCAAAGAGCUCUCCAUGUCAGGUAUAGACUUCUCCUCACUUCUCAAAAGUGACGAUGAACAGACUGAUAAAACUGCAUCCGGUCAUGUGACCUCCACCUCGGGAUCUCACCACCUGCAGCGGAGCAUGUCCCAUGAGCCCCAGAGCAAGUUGCAUGAGAGUAGCCGCCAUAGGUUACACAGCACCUCAUCUAAGUCACACGAGGUCAUUAACGGGAAUCUUCGAUUUUCUGUACAUGAGUCGAUGCGGGGGUCAGAACUGUCCCUGACCUCUGUUGGCACAAUUGGCGAUGAAUUCAGUGCGGAAGAGGUUCAACUCCCAGAAGAGGAAGAGCGACAUCAGGGUACAGUGGGACUCGGCAUCUACUAUGAAUACUUCAAGGCUGGGGCAGGCAUCAUCAAGUUCCUCCUUCUUGUGUUUCUAUGCCUCGCCGCCCAGGGAGCAUACAUCCUCAGUGAUUGGUGGCUGUCACGCUGGUCAAAUGAAGAAGAGGCCAGAUAUUCUGCACUUGAAAGACACAAUGCUCUUCUGGCCGAGGGCUACAACGCCACAAACAUCACCAUUCCGAUAGUCGACACAAACUUCAACGUUUCCGUCUUCAGCGGGAUUAUCGGCGGGGUGUUUCUGUUUGGAAUACUUAGGGCGUUGAUGUUUUUCAAGGUCACAGUAGAUGCCUCUCAGGCCCUACACAACACAAUGUUUGCCAGCAUUUUGAGAUCACACAUUGGGUUCUUUGAUACAAACCCAGUCGGUCGUAUUUUGAAUCGGUUUUCCAAGGACAUCGGACAUAUGGAUGAUCUUCUGCCUGUUACCUUCUUUGACUUCACACAGUGUGCCUUGCUGAUCCUGGGUAUAGUGGGUGUGGCAGGUGUGGUCAACCCCUGGGUGUUUAUUGUGGUGGCCCCACUUAUAGUUCUCUUUGUGAUCAUACGCCGCUACUACAUUCGAACUUCGCGGCACAUCAAAAGACUGGAAGGAACAACCCGAAGCCCUGUGUUUUCUCACCUUAGCGCCUCCCUGCAAGGCCUGCACACUAUACGAGCCUUCAGCGUGCAAGGGAAGUUCAUCGAGGAGUUUGACAACCACCAGGACCUGCACACGGAGGCCUGGUUCCUGUUCCUCACCACGUCUCGAUGGCUCGCCAUUCGCUUGGACUGGCUGUGCGCCAUGUUUGUCACUGCUGUCUCAUUCUUCUGUGUGGUGGCAGCAGAUAGCUUAAACGCUGGAUUAGUGGGUUUGUCCAUGACCUAUGCCAUGACCUUGAUGGGUAUGUUCCAGUGGGGAGUCAGACAGAGUGCAGAGGUUGAGAAUCAGAUGAUAUCAGUGGAGCGUGUCCUUGACUAUUCUCGCCUACCUUCUGAGGCCCCGUUGGAGGCCCCUAAUGACAGGAAGCCCCCGCCAGAUUGGCCGCAGCAUGGCAGGAUCUCUGUGCAGAGGGUCAGUCUCAAGUAUUCGACGGACACGCCCACCGUUCUGAAGAAUAUCAGCUUUACCAUAGAGGCCAGAGAAAAGAUUGGAAUUGUGGGUAGAACUGGUGCUGGUAAAAGCUCGCUGAUCACAAUGCUGUUCCGUCUGGUUGAGCCAACAGGCAGCAUCACCAUUGAUGACGUGGACACACUACAGAUAGGGCUUCAUGAUCUACGUAAUCAGAUCUCCAUUAUUCCACAGGAUCCGGUUUUAUUCACUGGAAAACUUCGCAGAAAUUUAGAUCCAUUCAGUAACCAUAGUGAUGAUGCAUUGUGGAAAGCAUUAGGAGAGGUGCAAUUAAAGAAUGCAGUAGAGGACCUCCCUCACGGUCUCGACACAGAGGUAUCAGAGGGAGGUAUCAACUUCAGCGUGGGUCAGCGUCAACUGAUAUGCCUGGCACGUGCCAUUCUUAGAAACAACAAGAUACUCAUGAUUGAUGAGGCAACAGCAAAUGUUGACCCGAGGACUGAUGGCCUGAUCCAGCAGACGAUACGUGAGAAGUUCCGGAAGUGCACUGUGCUCACCAUCGCCCAUCGGCUACACACCAUCAUGGACUCUGAUAGACUGCUGGUCCUUCAUGAUGGAGAGAUAGAAGAAUUUGAUGCACCACACCUUCUUCUACAAAAGCCGGAGGGACUGCUUCGUAAGCUGGUAGAACAGACUGGAAAGACAGAAACUACCAACCUCAUUGAAAUUGCCAGAAAAUCCUACGAAAAUAAGAACAGAGAUGACAUCAAUGAAGAGGUUCAAGCCUCCAAUCUUGCAGAAAUCAUGCGAGCCAUUUCCCUGCAUGAUGUUGCCAUGACAAUCGAAGAGCUCGAUGAGUUAAGAAUGGCAGAGAAUAAGGAAAAAGAGGCUGAAAAUGGGACUGGUGAUAAGGAGGAAGAUAUAGAAGAUGCUGCUGAGAAAGUUAGUCGGGAGGAAUCUGAAACAAAAGAUCCGAUUCAAGAUAUUGGAGGAAAGGAUGAAGAUUUAAAUGUAGAUGUGGGAGAAAUGGAUAAUGGAGUUAAGUCAGUAGAUGGCCCAACAGGUGAAACACCUGUGGGUGAUGUAGAUGAUGAAGUUGAAAGUGAAGAAAAAUCAAAACUUCUUGCUGAUAAUGGCAAGAAGGCAGAUGACCUAGAUGUGGAUGUGGGAAAAGUAGAUGAAAAUGAUGAAGCGAAUGAAACAGAAAACCUCCUUAGCAAAGAUGAACAUAGAAAAUAAAAAGAAAGGACAUUUGUUCUAAGAAAUCCAUCAGGCUUGUAUACACAAUUAAAAGUUGACAAAAAUGUUGGUGGUAAAUACAUGUAUCAGUUUAUGAAUAUUUUGAAUCAUGUAAAUAUUAUAUUUAAGGAAUUUGUGUGCGAUUGCGUUAUAUAAAAGAUUUACCUGAAUGGAAAUAAUAAAGAUUAAUAAAAAUAAAAAUAAUGAACUGUCGUAAUUUGUGAAAAUACCAGUUUAAAAAAAAUCAUCCUACAAAACCUUGUUUAUCAAAUAUUUACAUAUUUCCUUUAUGUGUAAUGUGACUCUAGUUACAUUGUUUUAGUUUAUUUUGUUUAGUUGGAAAAGAUUGAAUAGAAAACCACAUAUUAUGGGAAAGUUGUCAUGUUAAAAUGGUUAAAUACUAGUAAAACUAACCAAGCAUUAUUUUAUCAUUCAGUUCAUAGUUUAAAAUUUCUUGCCAGUAGGAAGGUUGUAUGUGUACACACAUUAAUGUAAGGUUAUAUUAUGCUGGUUUUUCGAUUUAAAAUGUUUCAUCAAAAUAAUGUAUCAUAUCAGAUGGAUGGACUUAACAGCAACUUUUGUGCACUCAUAAAUUACAAAGUUAUGUAAUUUUAAAUUAACAUAGGAGAAUGUUAUUGUCCCCUACCGGUGAAACCGAAGGGGGGGGACUUAUGGUUUUUCACUCUGUCUGUCUGUCAGUCAGUCAGUCCGUCACACUUUUCUGGAUCCUGCGAUAACUUUAAAAGUUUCAUUUUGUGCUUACUUCAAAAAUUUUGGUUGCUAUUUUGGUUAAAUAUAUAUUUAAAAAAAAUACUGACAAUGGUGGAGCUUUACCGGUAGGGGAACAUAUUGCUUGGCAAUCUCUUGUUAUAAUUAUUUUAAAUCCAAAUGUCAUUGGAAGAAAAAUUACCAUAAAUCAUUGGGAAUAUGAAAAAUGUUUUAGCGUUUAAGCUGUAAUAUAAUUUUAAGUACCAAUGGGCGACUGGGCCUAUUUUAUUCUGUAUUGGUACAAUUUAUGUAAAGUCCUAUUGUAGGUUAGAUUUAAACAUGUUGCUUUUUACUAAAAGGAGGGUUGUAGUUGUACAAGUGCCAGUUGUUUAACCUGAUCUUUGUUGGUUUUGCAUGUGAAGAAUAUUAUGUGUUACUUUAACAAAUCUCAACAACAACAGACACAUUUAGUUGAUAAAUCUUUGUGAAAUGAAGUGCUUGCCUGCAAAUCAAGUUAAUGGAGGCUUGUAUAAAUUCCAUUGACGUUUUUUAAUAUUGAAGAUACAAUAAAAUUCCUGUGAAAUAAGUGCAUUACAUAAUAAAAAAUAAGAACAAUUACAUUGAAUAACAUUAAUAAAAAAAAUGAAUCAGAAUAAGUCCCUUUAAAAAAUGAUGAGAACCGUUUGUUUGGCUGUUAUUUCUCACUGUUUGAAACAGUAAAUAACCAAUUUGAAAUCGUUCAUAUUCUUCAUGGAACCACAAAAGAUUUAUAAAAAAAUUAAGUCUUUAAUAAUUUAGAAAGCUUAUGUAUUAUUAUGCUUAGUUUAUUGAUAGCUUAACAAAUGAUAAAUAACUAUUUUAGAUUUUUCAAAGAUGACUAUGUCAUACUCUCAGUCUAUGUAUAGCAUUUUCUGAAUAUGGUUGCACUAUCAUUUAGAAUGAACACUUUCAAAAAAAAAACUUUCAAAUUAAUCAAUAUUCUUUAGAAUUAAUGUUAUGGGUUAAUAUACAGCAGGAUUUUUUUAUUUGUGAAACUAGUCAUUUCAAAACAAAAUACGUGUUAAGUGUUAGUUAUUGUAUUUUAAAUUGUGGUAUUUUGGUAUCUCCUAUUAUUAUUUGUAAAAGUUGUUUUAGUGAUUUACUUAUUAUGCCCCCCUCGAAGAAGAGGGAGUAUAUUGUUUUGCACAUGUUGGUGGGUCCGUCCUUCAUAGGUACAUUGAUCAUGACAGGCAGAUGACCCUUAUUGAUUUUCAGUUCACUAGGUCAAAGGUCAAGGUCACAGUGACUUGAAAUAGUAAAAUGGUUUCCGGAUGAUAACUCAAAAAUGCUUAGGCCUAGAAUCAUAGAACACUGUAUUAUGUGAAUUGGGAAUAAGACAUCAAACUGGGAAUGGACAUCAUUUUGGUGAUUUUCUCAAACAAAACUAUUCAUUUCAUGAUCUACAUAUAUUUGUGUAAUAUAUUAUCUAUAAUUUAAGCUUAAUAAGAAAUUUUCCAUGACUUUUUGCAUUAACAGUGAUUGAAUUUGUAUCAUUUAAAGUGAAUUUUUUAAACGGUGUCCAUGCGCGGCAUGGACACAGUUUCAUUUCAUGAGGAUUUUUUUUAAAUUAAUAAAAAUUCUAGUUUUUAAGUAAAAUCAAAAUGAUGCUAUUAUAUAUGCAAGUAUAUGUUUUAAUUAUAAUUUGUAAAAACUAGAUAAAUGCAACAUAUAAAACUGCAUAUUAUUGACUUUUGAUAAAAACACAAUUUAUUCUUAAAUUGAUGCCUUAUUCCCAAUUCACAUAAUACAGUGUUAUAGGUACAUUGAUCAUGACUGGCUGAUGACCCCUAUUGAUUUUCAGGUCACUAAGUCAAAGGUCAAGGUCACAGUGACUUGAAAUAGAAAAAUGGUUUCCGGAUGAUAACUCAAGAACGCUAACGCCUAGGAUCAUGAAACUUCAUAGGAACCUUGAUCAUGACUGGCAGAUGACCCCUAUUGAAUUUCAGGUCACUAGGUCAAAGGUCAAGGUCACAGUGACUCUAAAUAGUAAAAUGGUUUCCGGAUGAUAACUCAAGAAUGCUUACACCUAGGAUCAUGAAUCUUCAUAGGUACAUUGAUCAUGACUGGCAGAUGACCCCUAUUAAUUUUCAGGUCACUAGGUCAAAGGUCAAGGUCACAGUGACUCGAAACAGUAACAUGGUUUCCUGAUGAUAACUCAAGAAUAAUUAGGCCUAGAAUCAUGAAACUUCAUAGGUACAUUGAUCAUGACUGGCAGACGACCCCUAUUGAUUUUCAGGUCACUAGGUCAAAGGUCAAGUUCACAGUGACAAAAAACGUAUUCACACAAUGGCUGCCACUACAACUGACAGCCGUUAUGGGGGGCAUGCAUGUUUUACAAACGGCCCUUGUUUUUAAAUGUGAUUUUAUGUGUUGCUAUAAUUGGUUAAUGUCCAAAUAUUGUGAUACUAUAUCGUGUUUGCAAUUCACAUUUUAAGUAUUGUUUUAUUUAGGCAUAAGUAUAAAAUUUGACUUUGUUCAUGACAAUGGGCAUUUAAUCAGAGAUUUAUAUAUAACAGACAUUAACGGUUUUAAUUUUAGUUUCAUAUAUUUUUAAGGUUAUCGUUCUGUUUUACAAAAGUUAUGUUAUGGAAAUGAGAGAGGCAGUGGUUUAAUUGGUACAAAACAAUCAGUUUAAUGGUGAUAUGUUUUAAUUUUGAUACAUGAACUACCUUGUGGUGUCAAUACGGUUGUUUAUUUUCCCUAACUCCAACAACUGUUAUUUUUAUGUGCCAACACUAAACUUAUUUUUAUAAUUUAGAUUGAUUGUUUGUGUAAUUGUCCCCUACCGGUGAAACCGGAGGGGACUUAAUGUUUGCGCAAUGUCAGUCUGUCCGUCACACUUUUUUGAUCCUGCGAUGCUUAAAAAGUUCUUCAUAUUUUUUCAUGAAACUUAAAAUAUGGAUAGAAUGCAAUAUGGAGAUUAUGCACGUCAUUUCUUUUUGUUCUUAUGUCAAUAAUUAUGGUUGCUAUGGCAACAAAUAAAAAAAAUAUAAACAUUCUGACAAUGGUGGAGUUUCACCAGUAGGGGACCAUAUUGCUUGGCAAUCUCUUGUUUUAUCAUAUUACCCGUAAAACAAGGAAGUUUGCUACAUUUGAUAAUAUUCUCUUAAAGCACUGUAAAAUUACAUUAUAUACACAUAAUAAAGAAUGUUAAAUAGAUAUUUAUGUUUUGGCUAGUAAGUGGAAGUAAGAUACAUUUUCUUUUUGCCUGAGAUGUAUUUGAAUGUGAAAUCAUUUGUGUGUUUUGGUACCAAUAGAUCCGAUCUCAUGAUCCUUGGUUGGUAGUUUGUAAUCUAUGUUUGCAACAACCCACUAAGAUAAGUUGUUUAAUAGUCUUACUGUUUAUAUUGAAUGGUAAUGUUUACAGAUAUCAUACCUUGAACGUGAAAUAUGCAAGAUUCGUAGACUAAAACAAUAAAGUUUUUAUUGAAUGUUUAAAUUAAAGAAGUAGUUUUUAUGCCCCUGGAUCGAAAGAUCAGGGGUAUAUUGUUUUUGGCCUGUCUGUCUGUCUGUCAUUGUGUGUGUCCCAAAACUUUAACUUUGAUUAAAGUUUUGUCAUAGCUUUUUGCAUAUUGAAGAUAGCUACUUGAUAUUUGUCAUGCAUGUGUAUCUCAUGAAGCUGCACAUUUUGAGUGGUGAAAGGUCAUGGUCAUCCUUCAAGGUCAAAAGUCAAAAAAUACAAUCCAAGAAAAUUGAUAAGCUUUAAAAGGGAGAUAAUUUCUAAACCUGCCAUAUGAUAAAUUGCAAUUUUCUUUCAAAGCGGCGCAAUAGGGGGUAUUGUGUUUCUGACAAACACAUCUCUUGUUUUCCAUUAACGUGAUAAGUCUUUUUUGAGGAUCCCUGUACUAUUAAGCUCAGCAUUUUGUGCUCAAUGAGCUAUGAACGGAGUUAUCCGGUCAUCAUCCUUUAAUUGUAUGAACAUUUUGUUGUAUUUAAUGAUAAAGACUUCGGUUGUUAUUUGAUCCUUCCCUUUCUGGUGAACGUAGUGUUUGUCCUUUCACUUUCGAAUUGUUUAUCAGCGUAUUAUAAGGUCAGAAAUCGGAUUUGUUCGGUAAUAUUAUUUUCAAUCUUAUAUGACAUAAUGACCUACCGGUAAUUACUAAGGUGAGAGCCGUGGUCACUCAUUGUCUUCUUGUUAACUUUGGCAUAAAGCUUGCCGCCAGUAUUGUGGAGUGUCAAUUUUGUAUAAAGUGUAUUUUAUUUACGCAUGGCCCUCUUGUUAAGAUGUAUGUCUCACUGCAUUGUUCUGUCUAUCAGCUUAAUACUUUAUUUGGUACAGGUUGCUUUCCAUUUAUCUAUGCGAUGUUAAUGGUGAUAACAUGACGUUUAGAACGUGCUGAAAUAAUUAAAAUGCAUACUGCAAUUUA